AUGGAGAUGCCGCAGCAGCAAGCCUCCUCCGCCGCCGCCAACGCCGCCCAGGACGAGGGCGGGUCCCCGCCGCUGUCCCCGGCGUCCACCGCGGCGGCCGCGCUGGCGAACGCGCGGUGGAACCCGACCAAGGAGCAGGUGGCGGUACUGGAGGGGCUGUACGAGCACGGCCUGCGCACCCCGAGCGCGGAGCAGAUACAGCAGAUCACGGGCAGGCUGCGGGAGCACGGCGCCAUCGAGGGAAAGAACGUCUUCUACUGGUUCCAGAACCACAAGGCCCGCCAGCGCCAGCGCCAGAAGCAGGACAGCUUCGCCUACUUCACCAGGCUCCUCCGCCGGCCCCCGCCGCUGCCCGUGCUCUCCAUGCCGCCCGCGCCGCCGUACCAUCACGGCCGCGUCCCGUCGCCGGCGCCGCCGGCGCCUCCGUCGCCCGCUGCAUGCAACAACAACAACGGCGGCGCGCGUGUGAUGUACAGGAAUGCAUUCUACAUGCCUGCGCCGCAGGCGCCCCAUGCAAAUGCUGCCUACUACUACCCGGCGCCGCAGCAGCAGGUGACAGUCAUGUACCAGUACCCGAGAAUGGAGAUCGGCCAGGACAAGAUGAUGGCCACGGCCGCGGCGCAGCAGCACCCGGCCGCCAUGUUCCAGCAGCAGGCCGCCGCAGCACCGCACGUCCAUUCUGCCAACGGCAGCGCCGGUUCAGCGGAACGCGUUGGCCCCCGCCGCGAGACGCUCGAGCUGUUCCCGCUCCAGCCCACCUUCGUGCUGCGGCGCGACAAGGGGCGCGCCGCCGCCGCUGGCAGCAGCGCCUCCGCCCUGACGUCGGCGUCGACGGCGACGGCGUCCGCUUCCGUCUCCGAGGAGUCGGAGGGCCUGGAGAGCGGCAACUGCAACAGCGAGGAGGCGCCCGCGCUGCCGUUCUAUGACUUCUUCGGUCUCCAGUCCGGAGGCCGCUGA